UUGUAUUAUAAAAUGUUGCUAUUCUAAUCACUGUAUUUCUUCUGGUUCAAAUGUGGCGCACUUUUGAAUAGGCGCUAUGAUCAAAUGGCGCUUCGAUCGAUCGACGUAAUAAGUUUUCUUUUCUCAAGCGCUAGGUGGCUCUUCAUUCAGAGGUAAGAUGGAGUAUUAUCAAAUGUUUGAUCCUUCGUCUUGUAUUACAUGUAUUUUAUUAAUAAGUGGUUGAUGGCGUUUAUAACUGUGAAAGAAAAACGAUAGUGAUUAUUGUCGUUAGUUUAUUGCCACCAUAAGUUAUGGCUUUUUCUUCUAUAUUCAAUUAUUAUAUCAGUACUUUCUUACAAGUGGAACGAAGUUUACCGCUUUAACAAACUUUUCAAUUAUGGUUUAUGAUUACGUAGCCUUCCAUAGGGAGAAAGGUAUACAUAAUAAGUGUUGCGGUGGAAAGUUUUGGUGUAUCAAGGAUAUUUGCGGAAUUAUAUGCGCGGUUCUAACAUGGUUGCUAAUCAUUUAUGCGGAAUUCGUAGUUAUGGCUGUUAUUCUUAUUCCUUCUAUAAAUACUUUAUAUUCAGGCCUAAAUAUGGCAGUGUUUCAAUCUUUAGCAUUUUUGGCAUUUGCUUCUCAUUUAAGGACAAUGUUUACAGAUCCAGGUGCCGUACCAAAGGGUAAUGCAACGAAAAAGAUGAUACAACAAAUGGGAUUCCAAGAAGGUCAGGUUAUUUUUAAAUGUCCAAAGUGUUGUUCUAUAAAGCCGGAUAGAGCUCAUCAUUGUUCUGUUUGUCAAAGAUGUAUUAGAAAAAUGGAUCAUCAUUGUCCAUGGGUCAACAACUGUGUCGGUGAAAAUAAUCAAAAAUAUUUUGUAUUGUUUACCUUUUACAUAGCAGGUAUAUCACUGCAGUCUCUUCUUUUGUGUAUACAACAAUUUACAACAUGUGUAAGGCAAGAAUGGAGAGAAUGUUCGACAUUUAGUCCUCCCGCCACUGUCGUUCUUUUAUUAUUUUUAGCAUUUGAAGCACUUUUAUUUGCCAUUUUUACAGCCGUAAUGUUGGGAUCGCAGCUGCAAGCUAUUUGGAAUGAUGAAACUGGUAUAGAACAACUUAAAAAAGAGGAAGCACGAUGGGUUCGCAAUAGCAGAUGGAAAUCCAUUCAGGCCGUUUUUGGCAGAUUUUCUAUUGCUUGGUUUUCUCCUUUUACUUCGCCUCCAAAUACAAAAAAGAAAUUAGAUGCCUACUUAUACACCGUGUAAAUGGGAUAUAUGACCGUGACACAAAUAUUUAAUACAUGUAAAUACAUAUAAGGUAAAUAUGACACACAUAUGAUUGUAUCGAAUAUGUGCUGGUGUAUCCGCGCAUAAUAUCAUUUCUCUUUCUCUCUCUUUCAAUAUAUAUAUAUAUAUAUUGAAAAAACUUCAAUGUGUGCAUAUAUAGAUAUAUAACGUGUAAAUGCAUAUGUAUUGUGUAUGCACUAGCAGAAAAUGUAAUAAUAUUGUUUUCCAAAAUAUCAUAUAUACAAGUGACAAUGGAAAAUACAUAUUAACGAUAACAUUCCUUCAGAAAAAUACUAACUAUCCGACAAAUAUUUUAAAAUAACCUUUCCAGAAACAAUUUCGUUGGAGAACAAUUGAACUGCGGUCUGUGGAUUAGUUAAUAUGUUAUAAUUUUUCAAAUUUUAUGCAGUUUUUGUUAUAGUUUUAUUAUUUAAAGAAAAGCAAUGAAAGGAUUAACUCUGAUAAAAAGUGUAGUAACUAUUAUAUACAUAUAUAUAUAUAAUAAGUACUAUAAAUAGAAUAUAUAUAUAUAUAUAUAAAAGUACUUAAGAAGCAUAAUUUUUAAAUAUUUACAUUUUAAAUAUUUAUCAAAUUGACAUUUAUUUAUUGAGCAUUUGACUUCGACUUUUAUAUACGUACACAUUAUAUUUUCGUGCACUUAUUGAUUUAAGCGCAGAUGAAAGUAUUUUAAGAAAAUUAUAUGAGAUUGCACGUGUUUGAGUACACGAUCUAUUAUGUAGGUAAUUAUUUGAGAAGAACAAAAUAUUUAUAAAUAAUUUAAUAUUAUUUUUGUUAUAUAUUAUUUGAAAUAAUAAUUUAACAUGCCUCCUUUAAUGAGACUUUUUCUAAUGAAAGUAAGAGUUUCACACUUUAUGAAAAUGGAUAAGAAGAACUACUAAACCUACACAAAAUAAAAUGAAACUUUUUCUUCUUCUUUUAUCUAUCCAAUGCUAGACAUUCUUAUGUAUACUACAUAUAUCGAUGAAAAUGUUCGAUCUUUACGAAUGAAUAAUAUAUUUAAAUAUA